GAAACGAAAGCGACGCUGUCCAGCUGUUUAUGUGAUAUUUACUCCGAAAGGAGAGAGGAGCGCUUCACUCCAACAGACUAACUCUGCAAAACACACGACACGUUUGACUCCUUGUUCUCUCGCCGAACUUCAGGCCGUUAAAGACGCAGUAAGAAGUGAAGUGUGUCCUGAUGUCUUCACGGUUUUCUGGGCUGUUUUUCAUGUUAGGUCUGAGGGACUUUUACCACGGAAUGAGAGGCCUCCCCAACUACCAUCUGUCCUGCUGUGUGAACACUUUACUGCAGACCCUCUCUGCUACCUGGGAAGUGGCAGACCUGCUAGAAAAGUGGGAAGCAGCUGGUGUGAGAGCAGAGAGUCACAAUGUCCCUCUGCAGUUAAAGAAAGUUCUUGCAGCCAUGAGGAGCGACCAUCCUCAGCAUGUUCCCCACCGAGACUUCCUCCACUGUCUGGACAGAAACUCCGUUCGACUGAAUAUACAGCAUGAUGCUGAUGAGGUGUUCCUCUCCAUCCUGAACUUCAUCCAACAGCAGAUGGAUGACAAAGCACUGGCUGUUGAAAUCCAGAAUCUGUACAAGAUUUCUGUGGAGAUGCACCUGCAGUGCUUACACUGCACCGCUGUCCAGACUCGGACCAGCUACCUGCUCAGCCUGCCUCUACAUAUAAAGGAGGAUCACAACACUCUGGAAGACUGCAUAUCCUCCUUCUUAGAGGAUCAGGAGCUAAGGGGCAUAAACUGCUGCUUUUGUACACAGUGUGAGGUCAAGACUCCAUCUAAAAAGGGUCUCAAACUUCUCUCCUUGCCUCGUAUCUUGUGCAUACACCUGAAACGGUUUCGAAAUAGCUGUGGUAACACCCGGAAACUUGAUUGCAGUGUCACUUUUCCAGAAUCCUUUGACUUCUCUGAGAUUGCUAAAGAGGCAUUCUCUGCAGACUUUUCCCAGACGGAGUGCAAGUACACUUUGUAUGCAGUGGUAGUGCAUGCUGGUAAUGCAGUGUGUGGGCACUAUACUGCCUACGUUCGUCACAGGGUGAACCAGACCUGGUACUAUGCAGAUGAUAGCCACAUACAGCAGGUGUCCUGGGAAGAAGUGCAGGGGACAUAUGGAAACCGUUACAGAGACACGGCGUACAUGUUAAUGUACAGAAGAGGUUCAAAGGAGGAGGGACAGCAACCUGAAUUAUCUGGCUGAGCAUGUGGAUGUGGGUGAAUUGUUCUGAGGACAAGGUGCAAUACAGAAUCAACUUGGGAACCAUAGGAAUCUAAGGAAUUUCAACACUUAUUUGCUUGAAAUAUUUUAAUAUGAUUUUAGAUUUUAUUACACAUGUUGAAUGAUUUUGUAUUUAUUGUAUUUUUCUACCCUCUUAGAGGUCAUAGAGAAAUGUGUAUUUUACACCGGCACAGUAAUUUCUGCCCAACAACAGUAGGUGGCGUGCAAGACUCAAAACACUGAAGGGUUUUAAAGUCUGAGACCACACACAAUGUGAACAAGCCCAAAGAUCCUGGGGGGUUGGUUUGAAGAGAAUGCUUAGCUUAGAUGUUCGCUGUUUUGGGGGAAAUACCUGCGAUAGGACUCAGUGCUCAUUUUCCUGACACUGCUGCAUAAUAUAUGAAUCACUGAUGAAGAACAAUGAAGUCAUUUUUUUCUGAUUUGGGCUGCCAAAAACAGAAAAAAAAACUCUUUGAUCUUCUCACUCUGAUUUUAUAUUUUGUGUUUUCUCACUACCUGCAAGCUUUUUACCUGUUAUUACAAAACUGAUUUAGAAUGAGA